CUCGUUCAAUCGAUCGUAACCGAAACCGCAUUGCCUCCAGCAAUUCACUACUACACCAGCGUCCCCCCCAAAAAAAACCCAACCAGAGGUCGUAGCAGAGCGCGCGCGAUGGCACACGGGCGCGUGCAGCGGAUGCAAUGCUGGGUGGUGGUGGCGUGCGUGGUGGCCUCGGUCUCCACCACCGCGUCCGCGUUCGUGUUCAAGGCGGGCGGGACGGGCGAGUGGCGCGUCCCGGAUCAGCAGGCCAGCGGCAACGUCAGCGCCUACAACCAGUGGGCCGAGCACACCCGGUUUCGCGUGGGUGACGCCAUAGCGUUCUCUUACCAACCCGGCAACGACUCGGUGCUGCUCGUCGACAAGAGCUCGUACGACGCCUGCAACACGAACACGCCGAUCGACACGUUCGCCGACGGCAACACGGUGUUCACCUUCACCCGGUCCGGCCCGUACUACUUCAUCAGCGGCAACAAGGACAACUGCAACCGCAACGAGAAGCUCAUCGUCGUGGUCAUGGGGGAGCGCGCCGCCAAUGGCACGGCGCCGGCGCCGGCGCUGGCCCCGUCGGCCGGCACCACCAGCCCGAACUCGCCACCGUCGCCGCCGCCUCCUCCGUCGGGCAUCGAGAUCUCGCCCACGCCGGAGCAGUCGAUCAACGCCGCGGCGCGCCCCAGGGCGGCGGGCAUUGCCGGCGCGGCCGGGCUGGCCAUUGGGACGCUGUUCUAUGCACUCGUUUGAUACGUUUUGUUGAAAUGACCGUGUUGAUGUGGAUCAAGCAUAACACACUAACACAGUCACACGGAUGCUUUGCUUACAGAGAAAGAUGUACUCAUUGUUGGUUUGAUUAAGUUUGUUGCUAAUAUGUGCUAUAAUAAUGUAAUAAGUGUUCCUAUUCAAUGUGAUAUAAUCGAUUGAUAAUUAAUCAAUUCA